AUGAAGCUGUCUAUAAAAGCCCACCAAUCUCCUGGUCGAUAUUCAAGUCUCUUUCGAAGGAGUCCAGAAAAUCAAUGCUCCUUGUUCCGUGCCAAGGUGACGGAGCAGUGGGCAGGGGUGACGGGAACAACCUUCAUCUUCGACCAAUGUUUCUCCACCUUCCCUUUCUCUGGUGACGUGGGACGUUACGCGAUCACCGCCUCCUCCUCUGUGUACAAGACAUUCACAUCCAACACAGCUCUCAAUGCAUCCUUCUACUGCUUCAACGAACCUGCUUGCUACGAGAGCAUCAUUGAAAACGGCCCCUGGUGGAGGGCUGACUUUGGUCGGCCGCUGAGCAUCUCCGCCGUUAUAAUAAACUAUGUGUACCUUAUCGACUCCAACGUCGAAUUCCUUCUGGGCAACGAUUCGAACGUCGGUAACAACCCCGUCUUUGUGACUCAGUAUACGACAACUCCUUACGGCGGUCUGGUUCUGAUGCCCACGCAGGCCAUAGUAGGCAGAUACUUCUUCGUCACCGAACCAGCCUACUCCGACAUAGGGAUAUGUGACGUUUGGAUCUUAUCCGAUUAAGAUAUUGUGUGCGAUAUCUAAUUCGUGGUUGAAAGACACUUGUUGUAGAACAUAUACUGUCAGUAUAUUUUUAUUUUAGCUGACAUAUCGGUCUG